CCCUCCGCUCUCCCGGGGGCCCGGAGGUCGAGAGGAAGCGGCCUGGCGGCUGGGCAGAAAGGACACUCGGACGCCUUCCCCGGGGACCCAGCGCGCGUGCUUGCCCGCUGCGCACGCCCACUUGGCCACCCGCUCUGGUCAGAGAAUUCAGUUACAAUGGGGAACGUUUUUGAAAAACUGUUUAAAAGUCUAUUUGGGAAAAAAGAGAUGCGGAUUCUUAUGGUGGGUUUGGAUGCCGCUGGAAAAACCACCAUCUUGUAUAAAUUGAAGCUGGGAGAGAUUGUGACUACCAUCCCUACGAUAGGUUUCAACGUGGAGACGGUAGAAUAUAAAAACAUCAGCUUCACAGUCUGGGAUGUUGGUGGCCAGGACAAAAUCAGACCUUUGUGGCGACAUUAUUUCCAGAACACACAAGGUCUGAUUUUUGUGGUCGACAGUAAUGAUAGAGAGCGGGUCAAUGAAGCCCGAGAAGAACUAACCAGAAUGUUAGCCGAAGAUGAGCUCAGAGAUGCAGUUUUAUUGGUGUUUGUAAAUAAACAGGAUCUUCCCAAUGCUAUGAACGCAGCAGAGAUCACAGACAAGCUUGGCUUACAUUCCCUCCGCCAGAGAAACUGGUACAUUCAGGCUACUUGUGCCACCAGUGGAGAUGGGCUUUACGAAGGCCUGGACUGGCUCUCCAACCAGCUCAAAAACCAGAAGUGAUGGGAAGCGCUGCGUUCCCUGUGCGUCGUGGCAAAGCCAGCUGGCCUCUUCUGUGUGCAUGUGUGCGUGUGAGGAGCCGAGUGUGGGUGCGUGGCCGGGCGUGGGAGCAGCUUUCUCACGUGGUGCCUUAUAUGCCCUCUAAGGGAACCAGUCUUACAUGUUACAAACAACCAGUGUUACAUUUUAUAUGCUACUUUCCAUUUCAAUAGCUUUGGUGACCAGUUUUGCAGUCGACGGAGGAGUCCCGAGGGCUCCCUGGUGCCCGAUAGCCAGAGUGGUCUUCGUGGUGGGAGGAAGGGGGAGGGCGGGCCGUGGACUGACUUCCUUUGUGUGGUUCUAGCCCAGGCCUGGGGGGGGGGGCGGUCUCUGCACACCUGGGGGUCCUGUUAGACUUGGCAUCCUUUCGUAAAAAGGAAGGAACUGUCAUUCUUUCCCAUCACUGCCAGAGCUAGCAGCUCACUUUUCAGUGCUUUAAAGCAAAUGAUCCUCAAAGACAAAAAGGCCCUUGCUUACCGCAGAUGUUAAGUUGUUAAGAUGUUAAGAUCUGAGCUUAAGUUAUUUUCUAGCCCAGACAUCCUGGUUUAAUGGACUUCGUUGGGAGAAAUCAGUGAUCUUUUUUCAUUAGAAAAAACCCCCGUAACACUAGACCCCGUAACAGUAGAAAUCAUCUAGUCCUUCGCUUCCUUGCCUCGUAUUUGCCACAUGGAGACCCUUUGGGGUAGGAACCCAGCGCACGGCCGAGGCUCUUUACUGAAGCCAUGCCUCCGCUCACAGGGCCGGGUUAAGGAGGGGGAGGCGCCGCCGUGUUUGUGUCCCUAUGUCACUGUCUCCUGAGGCUGCCACUCCCACUCCUCGGUGCUGAAUGUUCUCCGCUCGAAGCAGGAGCUUCGCUCCCGGGAUAGAAUCGUCACCGUGUACAGUGUCUUAGCCCAACUUGCAGUUUAGCUUAGCUGUGUUCCCAGAACCACACACCUGUGAGUUCUGAGCGUUUGUGAGAGAAUCAAGAGGUUCAUUCGGGGAACGAGACUCCCAGCAGCCGAGCUGGUUGGUGCUAAGCUUUGCUAUGAAGAAUGUCUCGUCCAGACCACUCUCCGUGGCACUGACUCCCUCUUCUGGUUGGCAAUACUGUCUUCCGUGGAAACGUGCUUUAUGUUGUCCUCAAAAUAGUAGUAACAGUGGCCUGGAAAUGAGCUGGAUUCACUCAAUAAGCCUAGAGGUCUUUUGCCCAGACAGCUGUUGGCCACAUUUGUACCUAAGUUGUUCCACUACUACCUUUUAAAAUUCCUUUUUCAAAAAAAAUCUUCAUUUCAGAUUACAGAGGAGGAGAAUGUAAGAUGAAUUUUAACAAAAGUAAACCUUGUUUGCUGAUAACAAUGAAGUUGCUCUUACUAGGAAGAAAUUUCAUGCCAUGAUAAAUGUGGAGUUUUUUCUUUAAAACAUUGACUUUGAAGAAUGUUCUUUGCAAUACUGGCAAUGAAGUCCAGAUUUGAUUUUUAACCAUGGAGUUAAGUCCUGAGAAAGAUUUAGAUUGUACGCCUCAAAUUGGCAGGGACUGUGUCUCAGACUUUUGUGUUUAUGCUUAGUGCCGUGUACGUGGUACAGUGCUGUGCCCCAUUAAACACUUGUUGAUUGGU